AUGGGGUUGAGUUUUCAAGCACCCAAAGCCUUGCCUAUCAUACUAAAUCCACCAACUCGAAGUGAACAACUACAGUUGUCUAAGAAACACCAAAAAGAUCACCAAUCUCAACGUGAUACUGAAAUAAGUAGUAUAUCAAUGCCUUUGACAACAUUGGAUGAGAAUCAAAGGAAUGCUAAAGAAUCAUUACAUUUAUGGCUUUCUGAAACACAACUCAAUCAAUUAUUGGAAUACAACUUUUUAGAUGCAUAUCGUGCUCAAGCAGGUCAAGGCAGAAGUAUAUCUGAUUUAACUUGGGACUCUAAUCAUUCACAGUCAUAUCAAAGUUUAUGCUUUUGGCCAGAUUCAAUUUUACCAAAACAAACAUGUUGUACAUUCCAAAUGGAGUUAGGAUUACUUCAGAAAACUACUGAAGAAUUACACUUGAGUUUAUCAAAUUAUUUAGGUAGAUGGCAUAAAGAAUUGUCAAGUCUACGAACUUCAUUGAGAGAUGAAUUAAUUCAAAGCCUUGAAAUGUUGAAAAUAUCACUGAAUCGAACAUUGUGCUCAUAUGAAUUAUUGAAGAAUAAAAAAGAUAAUUCACAAAGUAUUCUAUCUAAUCGUACAUGGAGUUGCUGGCAACAUACAAUGGAAUUAGUUUCCAAGUUUAGCUUAGUGUUAGACCAGUCCUUUUUAACACAAGAUGAUAUUAUCUUGGAUUUAAUGUUUCCUGUCGAUAACUUUUUAAUGCAGUCAUUGUUGGAGACAUCUUGUCAGAUGCAUAUUACAGAUGCAAAAAAUAUUCAAGCUGAAGAAUUGGAUGAAAAAAUAAAAUGUCAUGAAUAUUGUCAAGCUCGAUUGAAUUUAAUUUUUGAUUCCUUGACGGGUCAUUCAGAUUUACCCUCUUUAACUCGAAAAUCAAGAAAUUUAAUUUUAAAUACAGUGAAUAAGUCUACAAUUUCUAGUCAAUCAACUUCACCAUUAUCAGAUGAAGAAGAUGAUGAGUAUAUUGUGGAGAAUGAAAAUCAAUCACUAAAGCGUAGAGAUAUAAAAUCUUCAAGUAACACAAAUAAAAAUAUCAUUGAUGAACAAAAUCAACUGAAUAAUUUCUUCUUUGAAGCAGAACAGUAUAGAUUAUUGUAUAGACCAGAAUUAGUGUUUACAUUCAGACUAAACAGAAAGCUUAUUCAAUCACUUGAGUUGGGCGAAUCAUUGAUUGAUGGAUUAAAAAAUUUUAAUAUUGCUCAAGGAACUUGUAUGAGGAAACUAAUGCGUAUGCAUCAUUGUGCAUUAUGUGCUGGAGAAACUUUGUCAAGACCAUGUCCUGGAUUAUGUUCAAGAAUAUUACUGAACUGCCUUAGACCACUCAAUCACUUGAAUCCACACUGGCAACGUUUCACAGAAACUAUCAAAGGUGUUGCUAAUAUGUUCUUAGAAAAGUCUAAUUUAAGGCUAGAAAAACAAUUUGAAGACUUUCCAGAACGACUUGUUAAUUAUUAUCAUCAGUUACUGAAUACCUAUCACAACUGGUUGCAACCACAAUGCUCUGGAAUAGUGAAAUUAUAUGGAGUAUUCAAUUUAAUUAAAAAUAACUCAAAAAAUAUACGUCAAAGAAUGAAACGAAAUCAUGAAGAACGUUUGAAAAAGUAUAAGAAAGUGUUUGAACAAAUUAAAACGACAAUGGAUGAUAUUACAAGUGUUUGGUCACGAUCUGGCACAGCUCUCUGCUCAGAAUCACCUUAUCUUGCAUUACUCAAUGGAAGACAUGAUCAAUGCUGGAAUGGUACAGCUAUUUCAAGUUUUAAUGAAGAGAAAUGUACAUUUUGUCAACAUGAUACAAAAACACUUCAAACUGCGUCUACUGUAUCUCAAUAUCUCAAUUAUCCUAACAGUGACAUCAAUAACAAUGCAAAGACCACUAUUCCAUCAUCAAGUAGAAAACAACGUACAUCAUUUAUACCAAAUAAUGAUUUACAUCAGUCGAAUGCAAUCGAAACAGAUGAUCUUCUGUCAGCGUCAAUUGCAUCAACUAAUUAUUUGUUAAAUAAUCCAUCAUGGAACUCACCACUUCAACAUGAUAAGGAGUUAGCUUUUCGACGAGCAAAUGAAAUUCUUGUACGAGCAUCUAGAGAUCUUGAUUGGUCUGUAAAAACACUUCUAGCUGAAACAAAUGCUUACAAUUCAUUGAAUACAAAAUCUAAUUCACAGAAAGAUGAAUAUUUACAAGGUGUAGAUAAAUUGAAAACUAAUUCAUGGGUACAAAUACCUACAUCACAGAAACCUGAAAAUACAGAUGUUGAACAAUAUGAAGCUAGUAGAAAUUCACAUGGUUCCCAUUCAGACAUGACAAAUUCUUUAGGUGCACUGGCAUAUGGAUCAAUUCUUGGUUGGAAUGCACAAGAAGAAGAAGAGCGUAGAUUAUCAACAAAUCUAAGAGGUAACAAUCCUUCAUUGUUUGAUACCUCUUCAAAUCCAAUACAAGAAAUGACAAAGAAAAAGAAUUCAACGGAUAAAUCCCAGCCAUCAAAAGUAUUGGAUAGAAAUCCUUAUAUCGGAUCCGGUUUCAUUCCAGGUUGGCCAUUGUAUGCAUGGACUCCAAUAAGUUCACCUGGAAAAGAUAAUCCUUAUGAAAAGCCAGUAGACAGUAAUUUUCCUCAACAAGAAAUUAAUUAUGAAGGAAGUGGUUUCCACAAUCCAAAAGAUUCAUUACCACCUUCUGGAGAAUAUGACUAUCCUCAAAUGUUUCCUUUCGUGAAUAUGAAUUCUCAAGGAUUGAACCUGCCAGUUUUAAGAUCAGAAGAAAAUGUAACACAAAUUUAUAGUGA